CGCACCGCUUUCGGGACCAAAGCCUCCAAGGUGGCCGGCGUUCGGGAAGCGAAGCGAAUUUGUAGUUCGGUAUAUAAGCCCGCUCCAGAGCCACGGAUAGUCACAGUUUGGCUUCUGCCUGUACUCAGUGAGCAACAAACGAGUUCCACCAAACGUAUCCGUACCCGUGCAAAGAUGAAAUUCUUCGUCGUUGUCGCUCUGGCCCUGGUUGCCGUCGUUGCCGCCCAGGACAAGUACACCACCAAGUACGAUGGUGUCGAUCUGGACGAGAUCCUGAAGUCGGACCGUCUGUUCAACAACUACUACAAGUGUCUGCUGGAUCAGGGCCGCUGCACCCCGGACGGUAACGAGCUGAAGCGCAUCCUGCCGGACGCACUCAAGACGGACUGUGCCAAGUGUAGCGAGAAGCAGAAGACCGGCACGGAGAAGGUGAUCAACUACCUGAUCGACAACCGCAAGGAUCAGUGGGAGAACCUCCAGCAGAAGUACGAUCCGGAGAACAUCUACGUCAACAAGUACCGCGAUGAGGCCAAGAAGAAGGGCAUCAACCUGUAAGGUGGUUGGGACGCUGUGUUUUUGUCAGUGUCGGCUAACGCGACCAAGAUCGGAAUCGGACGAAGCAAUGACUGGUGAAUGGCGUGCUACCGUUUAAGAACACUGAUAUGGAUCAAUACCGAGCAAAUCAACUGCAACCAAGUGCCUCUUUAACUACGCAAAACACACUCACACUCAGCAUAUAUAGCUCCGUCAACGGUGCAGCAGAAUACGAAGCAGUAUAGUUUAGACCGAGCCGUUCGGCCGUACGAUUCGUGCGUGGCCGAUCGGUAUCGGAGAAAGGAUGUGAUAUGCGAACAGGAGAAGAGUGCCAGCAAAACCAAGUCGAAUCCUAUGGGUUUAUGAAAGCGUAAUUUGUUUUAAUCGAACAAUCCCGUCAACUUACGAUCGCAACGCAGCUGCCAACCCAAAAACGGUCUGCGUUGCGCUCGAGCUGUGCCUUCUGAGUGAACUUCAAACUUAUAAAACUUCAUCCAGUACACAAAAAUAAACUUACCAACAAACAAUU